AUGGCAACAUACAGGAUGCCGGUUGAGUUCGUUCCAGUGGUCAUCGGGGCCUGCGGCGAAAUCAUGACGGAGCUGAAGGAGGACCUCACAAGAACGCUAGGACUGAGCGAGGUCAAGGUGAAAGCCCUGCUGGAAAGGCAGGCAACGGAGCAUUCGCGAAAUGUGACAUACCAAAGAGAGCUAUUGUCACCGACUACUAGUAAGUUACAUUUAAAUAUUUUAUGA